AUUCAUGGAGCGGGAUAAGUUCUUAACUCAGCCAUUAUUCAUGCACAACUGAAGAUGUUUCGACUGAGGUUGAAGUGACUGUUGGAUAUACAUGUAUCUAUUCCAAAUUCACUUUUUUGUUGAUUUGUACUGAAAUGAGACGGGACGUGUUGAAUUCAUUUUUAGAUCGGUUAUUUGACAGGUUGCGCAAUAUAUUUCUUAAGAAAUACUACCCAGUUCUCAGAAAUAGUGCCCAUAGCAACAAGCCUCCACCCAAAGUACCCAUAGAUUCUGAGGAUGAGGAAGAGGAGGAGCAGGAAGAUCGCGAAGGGGAGGAGCAAGGAGCCUAUGGGUCUGAUGAAGAUGAACAGGAGGAUCCUCAAGACUACUGCAGAGGUGGUUAUCAUCCUGUGAAGAUUCUUGAUCUGUUUAAUGGGAAGUAUCAUGUUACACGUAAACUUGGAUGGGGGCAUUUCUCUACCGUUUGGCUGGCAUGGGACCUUACGGGAAGGAGAUAUGUUGCUCUGAAGGUUGUGAAGAGUGCAGAACACUACACAGAGACUGCUCUGGAUGAGAUCAAACUUCUCAAAUGUGUACGAGACAGUGAUCCUACUGAUAUACAGAGAGAGAGAGUUGUUCAGCUCAUUGAUGACUUCAAGGUUACUGGCGUCAAUGGAACUCAUGUAUGUAUGGUGUUUGAAGUACUUGGUAACAAUCUUUUAAAACCCAUCAUCCAAUCAAAGUACAUGGGACUACCCAUCAGACAGGUCAAAAGCAUCAUUAGACAGGUGCUGGAGGGUCUAGAUUACUUGCAUACAAAGUGUAAGAUCAUUCACACCGAUAUUAAGCCCGAGAAUAUCUUACUGUGUGUUGAUGAGGACACUAUCAGGAGACUAGCUAGUGAGGCCAAGGAAUGGAUGAAAGGAAAAGCAAAACCUCCAGUUUCAUCAGUGAGUACAGCUCCAGCAGAGAAGAAACCUCAGGAGAAGAUGUCUAAAAACAAGAAGAGAAAAAUGAAGAAAAAACAGAAAAAACAACUGGCUCUCUUGGAGAAACAACAACAGCAGCUCCAAGAGAUUGACCAAGAAAAGACCAGGAGACUAUCAGAAACAACUGAACCCGAUGCUGAUAGGGAUAGUGAGGACGUCACAACGGAUUCACCCCAAAACCAAAGCAACAACGGAAACCAGUCAUUGGGAGCUUCAGGAGACAAGAUGGUUGAAGUACUAGAGGAAGCUGAAGAAGCGGAGGAAGAUGGAUCUGUUUCGAGGGUGAAGUCUGCCAAAUCCCCAGAGAGAGCUUCUGAGAAAUCAAGUCCUGAAGAGGAACAGAAAGGAGUAGUUGUGGAUGAAACUGCAACCAAUGGGAAUGAUGAUGCUGGUUGUAGAGGCGAUGAGGCUGAAGAUGCAGAUGUCUUCGAGGAUGCAUCAGAGAGGAUACCGUCACCUGUCAACGAGAAAGGAGACGGUCCUGGUAGGAAGGAGGAGCAGGAGAAACAGGAGGGGCUUUGUAACGGGUAUGGGGAGGAGAAUGGGGAUGGAGAUUCAGAUAUUGACCUGCCUCUUAAACCAAAGCUCCCUCUGGAUGUCAAAGAGAAUGGACUGGAUUCAGCCUCUUCUACACCUACCAAAGAAAGUCUCAAAAAUGCUGCAAACAAGGAGAAAAGUGAAAACAAAGGCAGCGACCCCAACGAGAAUACCAUUUCUGAAAACUCUGACGAGAGCAAAGACAAAGAGACUCUUAACAAUGGAGCAAAAGAGAAUGGAAACCACACGACUGUAGACAAUAAACCAUUAGAUAAUACACAGGAAAACAAAGACAUUGAACUCAAUUCCUUGGGAGCGGAUUCCAUGCUGAAUGGAGGGACGACCCCCGAGAAAGCUCAGGCGGAUGAUGUGCAAACGGAAACCUCUGGCGAUGAUAAUAGGAGGCAGGAGAUCGAUCGCAAAUGGAAGGAGUUGGAAAAUUUUAAGGUGACAAAUAGUGGGAGUGAAGACAGAGAGGAAGGGAAUGAGAGUGCAGCCACCACCCCUGAAGAUAGCAAUAAAGAUGGAGAAUUGAUAGAAGGUGCCAACUCUCCCGAGAGGAAGGAUGAAUUACCGAUCAAACUGGCUGACCUCGGCAAUGCAUGCUGGACUUAUCAUCACUUUACCGAGGACAUCCAGACCCGCCAAUACAGAGCUCUUGAAGUGUUAAUAGGAGCAGGGUAUGAAACAGCAGCAGAUAUAUGGAGCACAGCUUGUAUGGCCUUUGAGCUGGCUUGUGGAGACUACCUGUUUGAGCCUCACUCAGGAGAAAACUAUUCUAGGGAUGAAGAUCACAUAGCUCAUAUCAUUGAAUUAGUGGGACAUAUACCCAAACACAUUGCUCUCAGUGGGAAAUACUCCAGAGACUUCUUCAACAAGAAAGGUGAGUUGAGAAACAUCCAGAAGCUGAAGCCAUGGAGUCUCUUCCAUGUCCUCACCGAGAAGUAUGAAUGGCCCGAGGAAGACGCCAAAGAGUUUGCCAGCUUCCUUCAUCCAAUGCUUGAGUUUGAUCCAGCCAAACGUGCCACAGCCAAGGAGAGCCUAUCCCACCCUUGGCUCUACUCAUGAUGAUUGUUGUCUUCUGAACCACCACCGCAGCCAUUGUUUAGCGUUGCUUCGUUGUCAUUGUGUGAAACCGUACAACCUCAUCUAGGUCUUUUCUCCUUCCAUUCAUCCACCAAGGGUUUCUCCCUCUUUUUGGCAUUUCCUUAGUGUUUAGUUUGGUUUAAUAGGGUCAAUGACAUCCACAUGUCAAAGGGUAAAUGAUUGACAUUCAGUACAUGAAAACAAACACAUGGGACUGCAUACUUGACACAUGAUAUUUUUGUGUCCUGUUGGUAGUAAUCCCAUCGAUUUCUCUUUUCACUUCCAUGAAGUGUCUCUGUUUAUAUGUCACUAUAUUCUUCGACUUUAUAUUUCUAGCAAUCAUUCAUAUUUCUUUCUCUCUUAACAUAAUAAAGUAUCCCACAUUCUUAGGUAGGGGGUUUCUUAGUAGUUAUCAGAAAAAGGUUGAAAUCAAGUCCUUACCUCAAACCCAACUCAAUGUUUACCCCUAAAAGGACUGGGCUAUUCUGAUCUCGGCCGUCGUUCACGCGAUCGCGCCGAAAUUUGGCACGCACAUUCUUUACCACAUAAACUACCAGCUAGUAUAUAACAAAAAAUUAUGUAAAUAAUUUUUUAUUAUAAAAAAAUAUGCAAAUUUAUUCAUGAAAAACAUUUGCCUAUUUAACACCCAAUUUUCUUCUUUUUUGGCAGAUGUCAUCUUUGUAAUCUAAUUUAAAGGUUUCCAUAGAGAAAAAUUGCAAAAGCAAAUUUUUUCCUUAUGUAUUUCUUUGUUUUUAGAAUUUCUUAUGUAUGUCUUUGUUUUUUCAUCUUUUGUUUUUCAUUGUUUUUUUCAAUGGAAAUUAUUACAGACCAAUUAACAACUAAAUUAAACCCUAAAUUGAUUAAGCAGACCAAUUAGAAUGACAAAUAAUCACCCUUUUAUGAAUUUCAUCUCCCAAAGACUUUGUACACAGAGUAUAUUUUUGGCAUGACAUUGUUUGUAAAAAGUCAUGUGAUGUCGCAAUGCUAUACCCGUAUGUCGCGGAUUUGGUCUCAAAAGUUGCGCGAGACUUCAAAUAAAAAAUUCAUAACAUUUUGCGGCGCUAUCUUUUUGCGUUUCUGAAAUAUCGCGCGAAGCAUUGAGGGGGGCCAUCAUGGCCUCCCCAGUCCUUUUAGGGUUAGCCAAUCAUGAAAGCACAUUUGUGACCUUGGGUUUUGAGUUAUGCAACACCUUUUUUCAACAAGCCUCAGGUAAUAAGCUUUGAUGUUCCUAUUUUAAGUCCUAUGGGUAAUCCCAAAUGAUCUUUUACUACAGCCAUGAUGGCUGAACUUUUUUUGUAAACAAAAAGGAAAAACCUAAAAAUGUCAACUUUGCUUCUGGCAUCACCCAUGAUGUACUCGAACACCCCCUUGUAUUUCCUGUGUGAUUAUUUUUGUGAGAUGUAUGGAAAGGAUAUUGAGAAGCAGUCAAGCUGAAUGGAUUGAAUUUGAAAUCUGGUAAUUGAUUAUAGUCUGACAUCAAAUCUGGCUUUUAGGGUAAAAGUUAUUCACCUUGGUUCUGAGUGCAUAUUGGUUGUACUGACAUUGGGAAAUGGGUUAUCACGGUAUUUUCCUCUUUCCUUAUUGUCCCUUUAUUUAGCCAUGUUCAUGAAUAUUUUCCCCAUUAAUUUUUCUCUAAUUUGCAACUCCCUUCCAGAGCAACAUGGUAUAAUGUAUUGCGAAUAAGUAAGAUUUUUUUUCACUUUUCAAAAAGGGUUGCUUUUCUAUGUAUUAUUGUUUUCACCAUCCCCUUUCCUGCACGUUGCCAUUUUUCCUUUCUGUGAAUCAUUUUCUAUUUAUUUGGGUGGUUUUCAAUAAACAUCAUGUAUACUCAUAAUUUUUAAAGAAAUUGAAUCAAUGUUUACUUUAGAUGGAUAUUUUGUAGGGGAAAAGUAUUCUAGAUUGUUCAUUUACAUUAUAUCUUUGUAUUUCUGUGUGCUGAGCUUCCAUAGUUAUCCCAAUCUGUUUCAGUUGUUUUUUCUUGGUUCAAGACCACCGUGUCAUGUUGAUUGUUCCUGUCAGAGAGUAAAUAUCCUUCCAGGCAAGCGUCUAGAUGUGGUGGAAGUUCCUAUUCAGCUCAGAAAGUUGAACUACCGUUUUUUCUGAAAUAAGCUAUUUGUUGUCAGGCACCUUUUAACAAGGAGUAUUGACAUGUUUUUUUCUGAAGACCUGUACUAGUAUUAGGUGUGUGUAUGACACAGCCAACUUCAUACAGCCAGUUGAUAUGUGUUGAACCCCAAUGAGCUACUAGUAACUUGGUAAAAUAGAGUUGUAGGAAUAAUUUCACAUGUUAUUUUGGGUGAAAUAGUAAGAGGUAUGAUUGUUUCAUAUUUUUACCCCGUGUGUGUGAGAUAGCUUUGGGAAUUUCAGCUAAACAUGCUACCAACUGUGAGGGCAUCUCGUCGACGGAAAGAAUGAUGGUUUAUAGAGAGAGGAAGAACUCUCUAUUGUCUCUGUAUGAAAGGAAAAUUGUGAAUUCAUGGUGUUGGCUAUCAUGAAAGGGGCAAUCCAUUCUGCAGCACUCUCUGUCAAUAUCAUCAGAAAUUCUUUAAAACUUUUGCAAGGUUGUUUCCAUUGAUAACCUGUUGUCUCAAUGUGGAAAAUACCCAUUCACUUCACUGUACUCUUCUAUCUUUGUUUGUCUUCUUAGAAACUUGAAUGUUGAUUGGAUAUAUAUUUGAAUAUUGAAAUACAUGAAACAAAGCAAAAUAUUAAAUGCCUUCUUUAGUAGUUGAACAGGAGUGUCAAGUUAUUGCCAAUUGAUUAUCUUAAUGUUUCUCUGGAAAAGAAAGAAGAAUGAAUGAAAAUAGAAUACGGUAUGUACAAUUGUAAGAAUCUUUUUAUAUUUGUAAAAAGUUUGAAAGAAUCCAUCCCAAAUAUUGUAAAUAGAAUAUGUCACUGUAACAUGUUUGCGUGCGAUAUUUUUGCAAUAAUCUAUUCCAAAGCCUGUUUUCAGUAGAUGAAAUUGUCCAUGUAUGGAAUUCUUAUGCAUCUAACAUAGUGCAGGCUUUGUAAAUGGAAUAGGUUUCAUAUUCCCUACUCAUAUAUCUCUUAACUUAUUGCAUUAUGUUGCCUUCUGUUUUCAGAAUGAUCUAUAUAUACUGUUCUCAUGUCAUGUGUAAAUAUCAUCAUUCAUGUAGAAAGAAAACAUUUUUGGUGCCUAAAAUACCUAGAGUUUCUCAGCCUUAUGAGUUGUAAAUCUGCAUGGCUUAUCUUAGAGUUUGUCACACUUUAGAAAUAAUUAGGUUUAUCAAAACAUGAGAGGGUACUAUUUAGAUCUGUUUUAUUCUCGAAGGUCCCCAUCACACUUAUUCAAAACCAACAGGAAUCGACCAGACCUAACCAGAAUGAAGAUAAUGGUAUUUAUAAAAUUAGUGGGGGGGAUUUCAAAGUGCAAGAGCGUCUUUGACCUGGUGACUCCUUGAUACCAAGUGAUUUUCCAGCAUCCUCAGGCCAUGCUUUCAUGAUGCUUGCUGGUUUGAAAUGUAACCUUCAUUCUCCCUCAAAUGCAAUCAAAAUGUUUCAAAUGAUGUUAGAAGGAUAUACAAAUAUAACAAGAUCAUUUCCUCAAAUGACAUCAAAAUGUCUGUAGGAAUUGAAAUACAAAUAUCAGAAAUACAUUCAGAGUACAAUUAGAAGGAAUUUUGAUUGCGUUAUCUCUUUGAAUUCACCUUGCAAGUUUCAUGAAUGAGCAUAGCAUUUGUGACAGGCACUCAGAUGGACCCAAACACUUGGAAUACUUUUUGGUUGCAGUUGGAGUAAUUGGAAUGUUUAUACUACUUGCAAUCCUGCUUAUUCCGCCUGUCAUGGUCUUAUUAAGAUUUUGUACAAACUUCUAUUUGCUCUUUUUAUUUCAUUAAUGACAUGGGAUGCAGAUAUUUGUUGGUGUGUUAGGUUAACCUCUUGCAAGUUUUGAGAACGAUGUGAAUUUUGGAUACUCCAAAUGUUUGGAUCAGGUGCAAUAGUUCUACUGAGUGACCUCAAAAAAGUUAAAAACAAAAACAAAUACACCCCCUAUCAUUUGCGAGGUACGUCUUCUGUCGAAUGUUACCCAACACAUAUAAAACAUGAAAUCAUUGAAAUACAAAUGAAAAUAAAGAGUUAUUAUACUUCAUUUAACUUUAUUAUGGUCCCAUCUCAUGAAACAUCUUAGUACAUUGAAUCAUGAUUUGUUAAAAGCUACUAAAAUAAUGUUAUUUAUUUGGGUUAUAGCAAAGAUGUCAUAUAAUGUUAUUGAUAACUAAGUUUUAUGAAAUGGGGGCCUUUACAGCUUUAAAGUUCUUAUUCUAUUCUUGUUCAUAUCCACUAAAUUGCUAUCUACAUUUACUUAAAAAUUAAAACCCGUAAAAUUUGCUGUGUCACAUAAUAAAGCUUUGUACAUUUACAAUACAAGCAAAGUCUAUACCUACAAUUGAAAGUGAAGAUAAUGUGAUGAAAGUCAAAUGCUUUUGGAUUACAAAGCAAUUUUCUGCUUUCUCUUUUAUAUACAGAAGUUAUGUGAUACCAAAGAAACAGAAAAUUUUAUGUAUUAGACUAUUUGGCUGGCUUUUUACCAAAUAAGUUAACGGAAAUGAAUAAAUUUGUCUCAAGCAAUGAAGAAAAAAAAAAAUCAUCUUAUUUGAUAUCCGUUUGAGCCCUACAGAUCAUAGACCCUGAUCAUUAUAUAGUAGAUAGAUCCCUAUGCUCUUAAUAAAACAGAUACCAAUGUGAAGAGAGUGUUACUCAAGGCAUUUUGAUAUAUUUGAAGCAAUCAGUUUUCAUUGCACACAUGUAUAAAGAGAGAGAGAGAGCUUUAGGUAAGUUUUGUUACAAUCACUUGUAUGUGUACAGUACUGUGUACAUAAAGAAAUGACAUAUUUCAGUAGCUAUACAGAGAAAUAUUGUUGGAUAUUGUUGUUAAUGAACUAUUUUCAUUAAUAAAAGUAAAUGGCUUAUUGCAUUCAUGUUUAGUUGUAUUCGAUGAGUUUAAAUUCACUUGACUCACUAAUGCAGAUUAUUAAGGAUAUCAUGCUGAUUGUUUUCUUUUUAUUAUGCCUUCUUUUGAGUGAAUACAUUAUUUAUUGUUAACAGUUGAUCUUUGUUUUUUUCAUAUUAUUUGAUUGAUGAGAAUUGGAAUGACAAUAUCCUGAACAUUCAUAGGACAUUUUCAAUAGUAUCCUCUUUGUCAAAUAUAAAAUGUGUUGUGCUCACAUAUAUAUGCAGAAUGAAUUUGCCAGUUUGAAUAUAUUUCUGUUGUCACUUGAGUACACUUAUUACACAUACAUGUGUAGCAUUGCAUAUCAGGCAACAGUGAUAACAUUACUUUGUUCCAUUAAUAAUUGAAUUAUUAUCUGUUUUAUAGCAGUAUACAGUUGAUGAAUAUUAUGUAUCCUAUUGUUAAGCAAUGUUUGAUAAAUCUUUAAUUUACUAUCUAGAAAGACAAUGUAUUGAUAAUUGUACAAUACAAACACAUGGCAUAAUAGCACCUAGCUGCAUAUGCUCCAUCCCCUCCCUCAAAUUAUUGAAAGAGAUUUCUAGUUGAUAAACUUUUGAUUGCUGUCGUUGAUAAAUUAGAUCAAACGUUAAUGAUUUAAAAAUAUUUUAAGUACAACAUAUGACUCAUCAUUAUUUUACAGUUUUUGUUGUUGUUUACAAACCUCAAACACUUAAGGCUAAUUUUUGAAUUGUUCAUCAGCAGGUGAAAGCAAAUAAUUCUCAUAUAUGCUCAUUUUCUGUAGGAAUGUGUUGAAUUGUCGAUCUGGAGUUCGACAUUAUUAAAAUAUGUAGUGCUGGAACAACCAUUUGAA